UGUUUCCUUGCUGUGUCCUGCAGUCAGGGGGGCGUGGGCUCUUCCCUGCAGGCCAAUGAGAGGGAAGGAGUGAACCAUGCAAAGGAGGAGUGAGCCUACCUUCAGAAAAGUCCCUGCUCCAGUGCUGCAUCUCUGCCCUGAGCUGUGAGCCUGAUCCUGUCCAGCUCCCUGCUCUGCUAGGAAACAGCCUCCCUCUGCUAGCUCCCAAUCAGGCCCCCAACUCCUGCACUCAAAGUGCCAGAGUGGGAAAUCAGCCUUGACAGGUCCCUUCCAUGGUUCUGUGCUGUUAUCUGGGACUUUCCAGCCUAGGAGGGAAGCAACUCUCGGCAUCAUACAUUGGUCUAUGGCAGAGGGAGACCCAUCCAAGCGCUGGGAGCUGGAGAGACAGUAUGUCAAGCAAGCUGAAGCCCGGCUCAGCCAUGGGCUGCAGGACUUAGAGGAAGCACGACUCUACCAAAUGAAUUCAAUGAUCAGAGAGCAGAGGCAGAUCCAGAAGGAGUUACAGAGACUGCAGCAAGGCAAUUCCCGGAAGAAGGCCCUUGCGACUCUAGGGGACCUCUCCCAGGAGGUUGGUAAAAGACCAGUUCUGCCCAUGCUCCCCACUUUGUCAGGGCAGCAGCACAGAAAGAGACAAGCGGAGCAACUGAGAGCACCAAGCACUACUUUGCCCAAGAUGGAAGGUCUCACACAGACAGCCCAAUCACCCUUGCAGCAUCAGAAAAGCGACCGUGACAUCCUGGAUGAUGAGGGGCAGGAGUCCUGUGGAAGGCAUGGGUCAACUUCAACACGCACCCAGGCCAAAGCUGCAAGCUCCAUCACAGACAUCAGCCUGUCAGACCUCAGGCAUUCCAUCGCUAAGCGGCUGAGCACCUCUGCCAAUCCAGCAGAGCAGGAAGAAACCAACAGCCAAGGAGAGCUGGGUACAGGCCCCACAGUGCUGCCCUGUGAACAGACAGAGGCCAGCGAUGUGGAUGGCAGUGACACCAUGCCCAAGCCCACUAGCUGCACAGAGAGAAGGAAGCCUUCCCUUGGCCACGAGAAGCUAAGCUCUGAUACAGAUCCCUAUGUCCCUGACAGGAGCCACCUCAGACCCAUGCACAGCAGGCCUGGGUUUCUGGAGUUGUAUGCUGAAGCCAGGAAGGCCCGGUAUAUCCGGCACAAGGGCAUUCCAGCCUCAGAGAAGGAACUCAGCCUGCAAGAGAUCUUUGGGCAUGAAAACAGCUCAGACCCCAGCCCCCCAGCAGCAGAACAGGAGCACCACAGCCCUGAAUGAUGGCUCCUUCCCCUAAGGGAGGCUUGUUAGGGUCAACCACAGGAAAAGGUGGUCUUCCCUGCCGUCUGGAACAGCCAGCUAGCCGGGGUUACAGAUUCAUAGAUUGUAAAUGUUAGAGGUCUUAUUCCUUCACCCACUCACUUCGCUGGUCCUUCUUGCAUGAACAGAGCAACAAUACCUGAAGUCCAAAGGUGCAAACAAUUCAAUGUUUAUUGGGGUAAACUUCCAGCAAGCAGUGAUUCCAAUUUCCUUCCUUAGUGUUCCCCAUCCCAGCUCUGACACCACAGUGCCUUGACUAUGUCUCUGUCCCCAUUCCCUAUUCCCAUUCCCCCCCUUAGCAAAACACGAUUCCAAUUCCCCCAUCUCCAUUCCCUGUUCCCAUUCCCUCUCCCCUUUACUUCCUGAUUGACUGCAGACUAUGUAGUAAAACUUGAGUUCUGCUUAGCUGUACCUUAACCAAUCAUUUUACUGAAAUUUAACUAACCAAUCCUAACAUAGUAUAACAUGAUUAUCUAACCAAUUAUAUCCCUCCACCUUAAUUGGUUUACACCCAACAAAAUUAAUUAUAGGGCAGACAGAAACAAUCACAGAACCAGACAGAGAUUAUACAGACAAACAAUAGGGGAAUGGAGACUACAAUGACAGAACAACAAAGAAAUGAGGAUUUCACACCCCAGCUAUUGAUAAGUGAGUUCUUGCCAGACAGGAUGCAGCAAACUAAGUUUUCUAUAAAUCUUCUAGGCUCUUUCCUUUUGCUGGAGGUGAUAGAUUGGAUCACCUUUCUAACAGCCUAAAACUGCCUUAUAUCAGUGUGACUGGUGAGGAUCGUGACCCUUCGCUUCCCAGCUUACGGCUGGCCUCUGCUGCUUAGCCAAAGACCUUAGCCUAAGAACAAGGCCUUAGACUAUCAUAGUGAAAGAAAGCCUACAAACAGGCAGACUGAUUUUGAUUCUUGUUUUGUACUUCUAUAACUAGCUAGGCAAUAAGAAUACACCUAAAAUCUUAAUGUAUAGGCCUUUGCAGACAGGCCUGAAUAUCUAUAUCCUAACAGUAAGGCCAUUAGGGCAUCUAGUCUGACCUUUCUGAGACAGGCCAGGGAAUUUCACCCAGCUACUGCCCAUUGCUUCUGCUUGAGCUACAGCCUAACUUUUUGAAAGAGACACCACCUCCUGACAAAAAGAUUUCAUCUGAUGAAGAAUCCACCACAGCCCUUGGGAAGGUGUUUUACUCACACUGUAAAUAAAUUGCCCCUUUCUCCCAAUCUGAAUUUAUCUAGCUUCAGCUUCCUGCUCUUGGCUCUCAUUUUGUCUGUGUCUGCUAGAAUGAAGAGCCCUCUUCUCACAGAAGUCAUCUCCUCAUGGAGGUACUGGUAGCCCAUAAUCAAGUGGUUUCUUAACCUUCUUCUCUUUGAUCAGCUAAAGAGAUUGAGCUGAAUUUCUCUCUCACUCACAGGCAGAUUGCCAGCCCUCAAAUCAGUCUCGUGACCCUUCUCCGAAUCCUUUCACUAUCUCAGCAUCCUUGUAGAAGUGUGAGCCCCAGAAGGGACACAGUGUCUGGUAAUAGUCUCACUGAUGCAGUACACACUGUGUAUAGCAACCCUGCAGUGGCAGAGCAGGGGAGUUCAGACCACCUUUGGAUCUCACUCCUCUGGAAUAAAGAGGAGCAUCUCCUCACUGUUCCCAGUCACCCAAAACCACCCAGAGCAUCAUCCAAGGUCUGGGGCUCUGCAAGUCCCAGACCACAUUCCAUGCCCUCCUGGAUGCAAUGUGCUCCCAUAUUGGGAUGCCCAUGCAGUGCUGCUCCUACUGGCCUGGACCUAGGCACAGAGUUCUGCAGGGACUCUCUCUGCGGGCAGCUGCAGGCAUAGCCAGCAGUUGGAAGGAGCCUGUGGCAUGUUUAAAAAUCUUUCUGCGGCUGGGAGGUUUAGUGACAUGCUGAAGGUUACCCAGAGGAUCAGCCCAGCUCUCCUGAACGCCAAAGCUAUAACCACUAGGGAAAGCUUUCCCUCCACACACUCCAGUGUUCCUGAACACAACAGCAGGCAGUUUCCUUGCUCACAAAUCCUCACAUCUGCCCCUCCAGCGAGCUGUGCGCCCAAAAUGCCCUGCCCCUCUACUGCCUCUCAGGGUCAUGCUGACAACUCCUUCUCUAGGCUUUCUGUUCCCAGCACACAUCGCCUGCAACAGAGCGCCUAGCCCCUGCAUCUGCACCCAGGGAACCCCCUGUUAAUCUAUCUCCAUUGCCUCUGGCCUGGCCACAUCUCAGUGUCUUGCGCGGGCAUCCCCAUUGGCUAUGGCUGGUUUUACUACAUAGACAGGCUUGGUUGCUCCAUUUGCAGAGCAUAACAGGGUCUGUGAUUGUCUUUGGGUCUGAGACCCACCUGAUAGCAGUUGCUAGCAUCUUCCAGCAUAACAACAUCCAUCUGAAAGGCCCUGGGACUGGAGCAUGCUGCUGCCUUACUAAUGAAUGGCCUGAAUGUGUGGUAAACUCUGUUCUCCUCAGCCUUUAUAGUCUGUGAUUGUUGCUAUGCUAGCUGUAACGAAGUGGGAAUGUUGUCAAUGUCUUCUCUGAAUACUGUGUGUGCCUCAGUUUCCCCAUGUGUUACUCAAGUAUUUAGGUGGUGGGAGAUUGUGUGUGAUCAUUGCAGCAGUCCAAGAAGGUCUAUGACAGCGACUGGCUGCCUGGAAGAACAGUCGAUACUCUGUAGCCUGGCAAUUGAGGGCUGCGCCCCCUCCUCUGCAAAGAUCAGCCGCGGUGUUGAGGUGUUGCUGUAGACCAGGUGACCUGCUGGUCCAGAGAAAAAGACAAAAGAGUGAGGAUGGGCAACAGGCAUGUCUGGGGGCAGGCAACUGGAACUGGUCAGUCUCCUGUUUGGGACUCAGAGUGGGGAAUUCAGGGCACCAGGUCCAGGAGUCCCCCAAGAUGGGCUUGGCUGAAAGUCUUUGGUUUCUGUGCUAACAAGCUUUGCUCUACGCUGUGUGCCUGGCAACUAAUAAACCUUCCA